GUGGAUGGCUUUUGCAAACCCUCAAAGUCAAAGAUGGAAUUACGAUGUUUUCUUGAGCUUUAUGGGUGAAGAUACCCGCCACAAUUUUACAGAUCAUCUCUACAGAGCUUUGAAUCGGAAAGGGAUUCGUACCUUUAGAGAUGCUGAAGAGCUACGAAAAGGAGAAGAGAUUGCACCAGAACUUUUAAAAGCUAUUGAAGAGUCAAGGAUUUGUCUCAUAAUUCUCUCGAAAAACUAUGCCCGUUCUAGGUGGUGUCUGAACGAACUGGUGAAGAUCAUGGAGUGGCGGAAGUCUAUGAGACAAUUAGUUUUUCCAAUUUUCUACCACGUGGAGCCAUCCGAUGUGCGAAGACAGACUGGGAGUUAUGAACAAGCAUUUGAAAGGCAUGGAAGAAACCCAGACCAGAUACAAUGGUGGAGGGCAGCGUUGACGGAGGUGGCCAAUAUUAGUGGAUGGCAUUUACAGGAUGGGUCUGAGGCACUUGUUAUCGAGGAGAUUACUUCCACUAUUUGCAGGAGUUUAAACCGGGAGCUCUUACAUGUUGAAAAGAACCUCGUGGGCAUGGAUUGUCCUAGGAUGUCCUCUUCUUCUUCUUCUACUUCUAUUGGUCCAUGGGAUUAUGAAGUUUUCUUGAGCUUUAAGGGUAAAGAUACCAGCCACAACUUCACGGAUAAUCUCUAUGCAGCUUUAUAUCGGAAAGGGAUUCAUACCUUUAGAAUCGAUGAUCUACGGGGAGAAGAUAUUGCACCAGGUCUUUUGUACGCUAUUGAGAAGUCAAGGUUGGUUCUUGUAAUUCUCUCGCACAACUAUGCUCGUUCCAACUGGUGUUUGGACGAACUGGCGAGGAUAAUGGAGUGCAGGGAAGAAAUGGGAAAAAUAGUUUUUCCAGUUUUCUGUCAUGUGGAUCCUUCCCAUGUGCGAUAUCAGAAGGGCAGCUAUGGAGAAGCAUUCGCUUAUCAUGAAAGAAAUGGGUUUGGCCACAAGACACAGAGGUGGAGGGCAGCUUUGAGCGAAGUGGGUAGUCUUUCUGGAUGGCAUGUACAUGAUUGGUCUGAGGCAAAUUAUAUUGAGGAUAUUACUCACGUUAUUUUGAUGAGAUUUAGUCAAAAAAUCUUACAUGUUGAUAAGAAGCUCAUUGGGAUGGAUUAUCGUUUGGACCAAUUGGAAGAAAAUUUUCCUCAGAUUAUAGACCCAUUAUCAAAUGACGUUCGCAUGGUUGGGAUCUAUGGAUUUGGAGGAAUUGGUAUACAUGAAUGA